CGGAGAGCGCAGCGUCCUUUUUUAAACACAAACAAACUCAAACACAAACACACACUAAACCGCUCUUGAACACACGAGCCGCUCUUUAUGAAACACGAAAACGCUGCUUUUACUUGACGUCUCUCAAUUCAACCUUUUUCCAGCUUCAAAAGUAUAAACACACGAAAACUCUCUGCAGAGACCAAGUCACUGGACAACGUCAGCUUAUUGAGUACAAAGAUGCAGAACACCAGAUAUUUACGUCUCAAACAACAGCUUCUGGCACUUAAAGUCAUCAAAACCAAACAAAAUAAAGAAAUCCUAGGGCUGAAGUACAAAAUCAGAGGCCAUGAAAAAAUCCUAUGCAUAAUGAAGGUGAAACUUGCAAACAUGGAAAAGAAGUUUAACAAAGAGACCAAGUGUGCAUCUACGCAAACUGAAAACGAGCAGAAAGUGGAGAAAGUUAGUAUCCUGACCCUGAGACAGGAAGUGAAACAACAUCCUGUAGCUGGAGCUGCCUUUACCUCAACUCGAUCUCAAGACCUGAGUAGAAAAGUUCUCAAGGUGAAGAGUCCAAAUACACCCAGGAUCCAGCCUAACUGGUCAUCAGAAAAAGAGCCGUUGUCUGUCAACCAACGGUCAAUGGUACCUUUAUCAAUUCCUGACCCUAGGAAAAUCCUAUCAAACAGACCCGUCUCCAGCAUGUCACCCACAAGGAAUGUCAAAAGGCCACGACUUGACACCCGUUCACCCGAUCCUGCAAGUCUUACACCUCUCACAAUUUCCAAACAAAUAAACAGCAUGGAUGUAGCAGGAGGACAAAGGGACUGCCACACAGGAAAGUCCCUUAUCUCCAGUGCUAUAAAGAAACUUCAAACGUCAUGUUUUGAUGCGUUUCCUACAGUCUCAGGUCGUCUUCUUUGCGGAAGAGUAUCUGAAGUUACUGGUCUGAGGGAUGAAGAAAAAUCUGUCAUUUCUGAUUUUUGUAAAAACCGGGCCUUAACACCGAAGUUUAUGUCCGCCAUUUUGUGCAUGAUCAAGGCAGAGGGAGCAGCUAUGAAACAUGAACUCCUGCAGACACUGUGUAGGGUUUAUGUAGGCUUGUGUCAGAAGACUGGAGACUCUCACAAGGCACAUGCCCUUGCCUAUAGGCUUUUGAAAGAGGACAUUCCUGAAGCCCCAAAGCUGAUUUUGGUCAUGGUGACAGCAUGGCCAGGCGUUUUUUCCCAUGACAGCUCACUGUGCCGAGCCAUCCAAAAAGUGACCAAGCUGAAAGCAGAGGGAGACAUAUUAGACUACCUCAGCAAAUACCUGCACUGGGAUGAGAAGCCUCCAGCAGAUGUUCACAAAAUUAUCUCCAGCACACUGAAGUCUCUUCUCCAUGACAGCAGUCUGACAUUCAAGAAGAACAGUUGGUAUGGCAUUGACCUCUGCCCUGCUGCCUGGGACUACAUAUUCAGUCUGGAUCUUCUGUGCACACAACAGGGCUGGAUAUGGACCUUUAAAAAUAUUAUAAGCCAGGAGAUUUCUCAGGCCAUGAGCACUUGGCUAAAACAAAAAAGAUCUCAGCAAAUGGCAGUCCGAGACGUCUGUGUAGCAACACUUUUGAGGCUACUUGGGCGACUUGGCCAGCUGGGUCUAAAGGAGAAAGAGUUGGUCCAAAACAUUGCAAAUGGUAUAAAAGACUUUGGAAACUUCCGAAGAUCAGAUGUUGCAGGUAUGUCUUUAGAGGUGCAGCUCUCAGUGUUCUACGCCACUCAUGAUCUGGCACCCAGCAACCCCAGAGAAGCCUUGGAGACUUUAACAUCAUGGCAAGAAGGGAUCGCACAACCGGUUCCUCCAGCUGUCACCAGCUGCAUUACACAAAUCAGUAAGCUCUGUCAGAAGAUCUAA